GUUCCUACCACAUUCGGUCUGGUCACCAGACUCUGCUUCAGCUGCAGCAGCUUUACGACAGCAACAUCAGAGCAAAGAGCUAUGGUUCAAGCUAAGAGCUGGAUCCUGAAGCAGCACUUUGAGGGUUUUCCUAAAGACAGUGACUUCGAGCUGAAGCAGGAGCAGCUCCCUGAGCCCAAAGAUGGAGGUUGGUGGCUGAAAGAAUUUGUUUUCUCCACUCUAGACUGCAUUUGUGUUUUCUCUGUUGUUGGUAACUCUUGCGUAACUGUGGUUGCAGAGGUGCUUGUGGAAGCAGUGUUCCUGAGUGUGGACCCCUACAUGAGGCCUUACAGUCGUGUACGAAUGCAGCCUGGCGAUGUGAUGAUUGGAACACAAGUGGCUAAAGUGAUUCAGAGUAAUAACCCAGCAUUUCCUGUUGGGUGUCACGUGGUUGGCCGAUGCGGAUGGAGAACAAACACAGUAUUGGAUGGGACUGGUCUCACUCGGGUCCUGAAUGACUGGCCUCAGGAUGUUCCUCUCUCUCUUGCUAUUGGAGGUCUCGGCAUGCCAGGGUUGACGGCUCUGUAUGGUUUAGAGGAGGUGCUGGCCAUCAAACCAGGAGAAACUCUGCUGGUGAAUGCAGCAGCUGGUGCUGUGGGGAGUGUAGUAGGUCAGAUCGCUAAACUGAAAGGCUGUAAAGUGGUGGGUUCAGCUGGGAGUGAUGCUAAAGUGGCCUACCUGAAAGAGCUGGGCUUUGACCAUGUCUUCAACUACAAGACUGUGCCUUCUCUGGAGGAAGCGCUGAAGCAGGCCUCACCUGAAGGAUACGACUGCUUUUUUGACAAUGUUGGAGGACUUUUCUCCAGUGUUGUCCUCCCGCAGAUGAAAUACCUUGGGAGGAUUGCUGUAUGUGGAGGAAUUUCCUUGUACAAUGACGAAGAACCUCAAACAGGUCCUUAUCCACACCUGAACAUGAUCUUUAAGGAGUUGCGGAUGGAGGGCUUUCUAGUAGGCAGGUGGGAGCAUAAGAAUGAGGAGUCUCUGAAGAGGAUGCUGGCCUGGGUGAAGGAGGGUAAACUGAAGUUUAGAGAGCAUGUAACCGUUGGCUUUGAGAACAUGCCUGCAGCCUUCAUGGGGAUGCUAAAGGGUGAGAACACCGGGAAGGCCAUCAUUAAAGUCUGAGGGCUUCACUCUUAAACUUAUAUCUGUUUUGCUCUCAAUCUCUAAACACAAUAAAAUUUGUGAUUUGCUUUUGUG